CAGGGCCUCCACACAAAUAACAAUCUUCACUAAACAAAACCAACCUCGCACUCUGUCUGUGUUCACGUAAUGGCUGUAGUAGAGUCUGCACCCAAAUCGUCGACAACGCGAUUGACAGAGGAACCACCAGCACCACAAAAACUGCAACCGAGGAAGAGAGAUAGUAGCCUGUUUGGCCCACUUGACGAUAGCGGCAUGAUAAUGGCGGAUGUCAUCGCUACCCAUGCUUCAGAUGGUCGAUUGGUCGACGUUAAAACUAAAUUGCUUCUGCAAGUCGUCGAGGACAUCUUGGAGCGUGCCUCACCAACUCGUGCUGCUCAUGUGACGCAAGCCCACAUGGAAGCCGUGGAGUAUAUGACUGAAGAGGGUAUACACGGAGUGGUAGCGGACACCAUUCGGAAGAUUGGAUCUGAGAUUCAAUUUCACUGCUCCGGCACCGGCAGAAGGGAUUUACAUCCGUUGGCUUUAGACCUGUUAACCACGUUAUCGAUGUACUCGUGGGACACCAAGGCAGUUAUAGUCAUGGCAGCAUUCGGCAUCAACUAUGGCGACUUCUGGUUAACGUCGCAGAUUUGCACCACCAACUCCCUGGCUAAGUCCCUUUCUGUACUUAAACAAGUACCCGAAGUAUUGAGCCAUGUAAACAAAAUGCUGAAACCUCGUUUGGAUGCUCUCAGCAAUCUCAUCAGGGGAAUGCUAGACUUGACAAAAUCCUUGACAGAGUUCUAUGAUCUUCCCGUCGGAUAUCUUUCGGGCUUUCCCGCCAUGUCAAUGGCCUCGAACCUUGUCCCUACUGCUGUGUAUUGGAUUAUCAGAAGCGUUCUGGUCUGCACUUCCCAGUUCAAUUCUAUAUUGAGCGUGGGUCAUCAUCAGGACAUGGGCUCGUGGGAUGUUUCGACAUUGGCUUACAAGCUUGGCGACAUUCAUGCACACCUCAAAGACCAACUAACACGUUGCCAUAAGGAAAUCGAGGAGAGGAAACUGAAUGAGGUAUAUCAGACGCUGGUGCGCCUCUUUGAUACAACUCAAGUUGACAACCUCAGGGUUCUCAGGGUGUUGAUACACUCGAUUGAUGACCAUCAGCCUUUGCUUGAUGGUUUCACCAAGACAAGGGUUGGGGUGGAAGUACUAGGCAAGAAGACUGUGGUACUGUUGAUAUCAGACCUUGACAUUACAGCAGAGGAACUUACGGUUCUCGAAAAUGUAUACGGUGAGUUAUCCCAACAGACAAAAUCUGAGAAAGCCUAUGAGAUGGUAUGGCUACCAGUUGUGCAGAAUUCAAGUGGAUGGAUGCCAGCAAAACAGCAGGAAACGUUCAAACGGCUUCAAUCCGCCAUGCCUUGGUACUCACUGCACCACCCUUCACUGCUUCAUCCAGCAGUCAUCCAAUACAUGAAGGAGGUAUGGCAGUAUGAGAAGAAACCUCUUUUAGUGGUGUUGGAUCCUCUAGGACGUGUGGUAUGUACAAAUGCGAUCCACAUGAUGUGGAUAUGGGGGAACGCUGCCUUCCCCUUCACCAGGAAGAGAGAGGAAGAUCUGUGGAAUCAAGAAAGAUGGAGCAUGGUGUUCGUGGUGAAUGGAAUCGAUGAAACAAUGCUUUCUUGGAUAAGAGAAGGAAAACCCAUCUGCCUGUAUGGAGGAGAAGAUAUAAACUGGAUACGGAAAUUCACAUCGACAAUGCGAAGCGUUACAGAUGAACUGAAAAUCAGCAUAGAGAUGAUGUACGUGGGAAAGAGCAAUCCCAAGGAGCGGGUGCGAAGCAACAUCAACGCCAUUUCAUCAGAAAAACUGAGUUACUAUUUGCCGGAGCUGACGUUCAUAUGGUUCUUCUGGGUGCGAUUAGAAAGCAUGUGGUACUCCAAGACGCAACAAGGUCGAACCAUCGCCGACGACAACAUAAUGCGAGAGGUGAUGUCGUUGCUCACCUUCGACGGUAGUAACCAAGGGUGGGCCAUCCUUGGCCACGGCAAUGGAGAGAUGACAAAAGCUUCAGGCAAUAGAAUGCUGGAGGCGCUUGAGAGUUUCCCUACGUGGAAGGAAAAUGCGGUGAGGGAUGGGUUCAUACCAGCGCUGGCUCGAGUCCUCGCGUCCUACCACAGCAAGGAGCACUGUGCAUCCCUUGUGCUUCCGAGGGCACUAGGGAAGGACGUCCAUGAACACAUCACUUGUGCUGAGUGCAAUAGGCCCAUGGAGAAGUACGUCUUAUAUCGUUGCUGUGAUGAAUAAUGAUAUGAUAUGAGCCCAUUUUCCUCUACGGAUUUCGGCCGGCCACCAAAUAUGUCUCUCUCUAUUUUGCUUAAUUGCCCCCAAAAAAUAAAAAUAUAUAUAAAAGAGAAAAACCCCUGUCAUGAUCUAUAUUUGGUUGUAGUUUUUUGGUAAUGCUAUUGAGUCGUGGUUGUCUGCUUCUACUGUAUUAUUACUAUGUCUAUGACUAUCUGGUGGUGUAACUUAGUGUGCCUUUUGGUGCCAUAGAUUAAAUAAGAGCUUUGAUUUCUUAUA